AUGACGAUCCAGAACGAAUGGUACUACCCCGAUGAUAUCGCCCAUGACCUUGAUGGGAUUGACCUGCCAAAAGAAACCAGAGACGAGGCCCUGGCGUGCGCUUGGGAGUACUCGCGGUCUGUAAUCCCACAUUACACGAACUGGAAGCGCUAUAUUGCCUUUAUGGGCAUCAUUAUCAUGGGAAUCAUUGCCGAGUUUCAGGGUACCAUGAUUGACGUCACUGCUGGAUCCAAAAUUCUCAAUCUUGAUCCCGAUGAAGUUCUGGCUGAACUUUUCCACGGCACCCCGGGGCAUCUUGAUAUGGCCCGCGAAUAUAAAACCUUUCUUUUUAUCACAUCUCAGAAAGUCAGUCACGCCAACAGCGAACUGUCCCGCCGGUAUGUCAACGCUCUUGUCAGUUCACCACAGCAGUGGUUUCGGAUGCGAGACUGUGAUGCCCUGGCUCGAUUUACUAUAGCCUCUGCCCUUGCUUGCAAUGAUCUCCUUGACAUCUGGUUUACUGAUGCGCAAUAUGAUAUUCUCUGCGAGAUCGGCGAUACAAUGUAUGACGCCGUGGCUUUUUAUAAACAUCGCUCUGAGGGAGAAACCAACAGUACCUUUGCCUACAUGCCAGAAGACCAUCGGAUUGAGGCCUUUCACCGGGCACGACAAGUUCUCUGGGCGAUAGAUCUGGCAAUGGCUGGUACACCUGGGCAUCUGGCUGUUACCAACUUCUUGCGCAGUUUUGGUGGCCCCAUCCAUAUGAUGAUGAGACGGUACCGCUUCGUGGAGGAGGACCUUACAGUGGGCAAGAGUGAGACCAAAGAGGUUAUCAACCAGACACGUCUUAACAAGAAGCUUUGGAACCGUAGAAGCAAUGAGUUUAUGUUCCGUGGUUUGGCGGACUACCUUGAUAGGGCCAACAACCAGCAUUGCCCUGAGUGUAUAUAUCGUGAGGUCUACGGUGCUCAAAGAGAUCAUUGCUUUGGAGGUGUGCAGCUCUGUGAGCAGUGUCGUUUUGAAUGGGGGCAUUUCCUGGGAACUCUUCCCGAACGUGCCAAGCGAGCUUUCCCAGAUCUGAAUUUGAGGAUUUGA